AUGGCCGACAUCACCGACCAACACGACCAAGGUUCACCAUCGACCCUCGACGAACAUGCCGUCGGAAAUGGCAACUCAAUCGCUGGAGGCGACAGCCGUGGCAUCAAGCGUCAACGCCCCACAACUGCGGAUGACGACGACGACGAUGAUGACAAGCCCGGACGCGAGCGCAGAAAGAUUGAGAUCAAGUUUAUCACGGACAAGUCGCGUCGCCAUAUUACUUUCUCGAAGCGCAAAGCCGGAAUCAUGAAGAAGGCAUACGAACUCUCAGUCCUCACUGGAACUCAAGUUCUCCUUCUCGUCGUCUCCGAGACCGGUCUGGUCUACACAUUCACUACACCUAAACUACAGCCUCUAGUCACGAAAGCCGAGGGCAAGAACUUGAUCCAGGCCUGCCUCAACGCUCCAGAGCCUGCUGGAAAUGGCGAGAAUGGUGUAGAGGAUUCGAAUACCGUCGACUCACCUGAAGAGUCGACUCCCCAACACUUACCACCCCAACAAUCUCGGGCAAACAUGGCACCCCAAAGUGCACAGAUGCACCCCGGAUACAUGCAACCAGGGACACUCGAGCAGCAACAAGCCCUCGCAUAUCAGAACUACGUCGCUCAGCAACAACGAGGUGGUGGUUAUCCGAUGGCACCUCAAUCGGGCAUCCCGCAACAGCACUCGCAUCAAGCAUAA